UUUCUCCUUCUCCUAUAUAUGCUAUUUACAUUCCCCAUCUAAAACAGACACACCAACUUCCUCACAUCCCUCCAAAACCCUAUAAAUCUAGUUAUAACUCUCCAAUGGAGGCAAUGACCAAGAAACAAACUUGUGCCCACCUCUCAACUUCACCACCACCAUCACUGGCGAUUCACAAAGCUUCACACACGAUAUCAAAAGCCAAGCCCAAGAUUCGGAUAAUUCACAUAUUUGCGCCGGAGAUCAUCAAGACCGACGUCGCAAACUUCCGCGAGCUGGUGCAAAGACUCACUGGGAAGCCGACCGAGAAAGACGGCAAGAAGAUAAAGCAAAUCAGAAGCAUUCCCACAAGAGGAGAAGAUCAAGAUGAUGAUCAUGAUCCCAAAAACAAAACCUUCCCAAGCAAGCCUUUGGCUAAAAGAGCAGAUACGACGGAAAUUGGAUUGCUAGGUCUUGAUCAUAUUGUGAGAGAACAAAGGAUUAAGGAAGAAGAUCAAGAAGCAGAAAAAGAACAUGGGAAUACGUGGAUUAAUGGUCAUGAUCAGAAUAUUAAUUCAGGUGGGUUCUUGGAGAGGUUUGCAGAUUUGGAAGGGUUUAUUGAGGAGCUUAAUCAUGAAUUCCCUUUGUUUCCUUCUUUGAUUAAUCCUUUGGAGGCUUCUAAUUCUCAUGUGCAAUUUGGGUUUGGAGGACCUCAACUUGCUUAGUACUAUUACGUACGAUCUAUAUCUAACUAUGGUUUCACUUUUUCUUUUCUUUUCUUUUCUUUUUUUUUUCCAACACAAAAAGAAGAAAAUUUGAGGGCUCUGAUCAAGUAUACUUUCUAUGGGGUUUUAAGAGGAUAUUUGGAUGCAUUGGUUCUACAUUCUAUGGAAUCGUUAAUCCGGCCGUUGUGAUUAACUAAUGUUCUAAUGUGAUUCUGAUAUG